AUGGUUGCGUGGGACGAUUUCGUUGCGGCGUACGGCCGGAUUGAUACAGCAGAAGACUUGAGUGGUCGUAUUGAGAAGGCGGCGAGCAGGGGAGGCGAUCAGGCACCCAAUGGAACAUCCGACUACCGUCGUCGGAAGGCCGUGCUGUUCGUUUGUGAUUGGACAGUAGAGCAGUGGGAAGAAUACAACGCCCGGGAAGAACAACGGUCCCUACAGGCUUCUUCUUCUGCUGCUGCGUCCAUUGGCCCGCGUGUUUCAGUCUCUUCGCCCUCCGUUGUUGUUGUGCCGGAUGAGCCAACUUUUAAUGGACCUGAGUCGGCGUUUGAUGGAUCUGUGACCGCGUCGUUUGAUGGACCCGAGGCUGCGCCGAUCGAUGGACCCGUGGUUACGCCGAAUGCACCUGUGUCCGCGUUUCUUGCGUUUGACUUUCACGGUGUCUUGGAUAUUUCCUUUGAUGAUGCUCGACACCUGUUGGCUGAGCUUCAGGGGAACCUCCCGCCAGGCUUGUCGUUGGAGGCGAUCUGCUUGACUUAUUCUGGGUAUCAACGCGGAUUGCAAACUCAAGAGACUUUGCGGCGUGAACUUCCUCAGCUUGAGUCUUUUAUCUGCAAACGUCCAUUGGGCCACGGCGGGAAGGCAGAGGCAUUGGAAUGGUAUAGCAGGGACAGAAACAUCCCGCGGAGUGCCAUUGGUAUGGUAGACGAUCGUACAGACAUCCUCCGCGAGGUGCGCGGCCGUGGGUUUGUUGGCUUUCACUUGCCCGAUGGCCAAGAUCUGUCAUCGCUGCUGCCCUCCAUCACUCAGUGGCUGAUGGAGGUGAAAGCGGUGAAGCGCGGUGGUCAACGCGGAAUCGAGCAAUUGCAAAAGUGGUCGAUCGGGGUUCAAAGACGGGUAGACAAUAACGAGAUCUCUUACAAGGACUUUUUGAUCUCUGAGUUGGGGAUCGUUGCAAGCAGGGCAUCUGAAAUAUUGGCCAGCCACGGUCUACGGGAGCCAUCAGCGGACGCGGCAGGUGCUGAGUCUUCUUCGGCGAGCUCCUCGCGACCAUUGCAGCGCGAACCUGAACCAUCCGAGGAGGAAGUGGAAGCCUUUGCUCCUGCUCCGAAGAUUAGGCGAUUGGUUCCUCCGCCGCAGCCUUUGCGUCCAGUCUUCGCCGACAUAAGGGACGAGUUUGAAGUCUACUUUUGGAAUCGGCGAUUUGAUCCACGCAACAUUGAGGUUCUUUUUGCGGCUCAGGCGGAGCAUCCGGACGACAAGAUAACCAUUGUCUCUCAGGUCGAAUCGGCUCAGCUGAAGGCGAACUUAUUGGAUACGAUCCGACGCACAUCAGCUUUGCAUCCGAUUCUUCAUUUGGUCGCGACAACUCCGCGGAAGGUGGGACCAACUGGUAAAGCUUCAUUCUUGCGUGCCCUAAGCGGCAACGUAUCCGACUGGGUCGUCAUUGACGACAAUCUGGAGGUGCUUCAAGAAGUUGCUGAUCAAGGUGGACGUCCUCUUCACGUGUGGGUGCGCGGCAGGGAGUACGGACCUGAUUCGUUGUCCUGGUGCACGGGAUUGUCCGAAGCCGGCUCGCAGAUCACAGAGCACGUAGCAGAUCAAGCAGAGGUGGGGAUACAGUGGAUAGCAGCUCAUCCGGAGGAAGGCGCCCAAAAGAUUGGCAAACAGCCCAAGGGUACGGCGUUAACGCAGCAUCACCUCCUUUCUCUAGUCAUUCAUGGCAAUGAUGUGAAAGCACUUGAGGAGUUUCGCCAGCGGUUCAACUACAUAUGGGAGGCCCUAGAGAUCCCUGAAAGGCCCACUGAGGCAAGCAUUCGCUCAUUGUUGUUUGAACAGCUGCAGGCUCACCAAAUGAUGCAACUUCACAUUGAUCGCUUCCGCAAUGCAUCCUCGCAGUCCAGUAAAAGAACUUGGAAAUGGUUGUAUGCUAAGAUGUGCGAUGUCAUUGAAAUCAGCCAGCUCGAAGACAACGCAGACGCCAUUGAUAAAGCAUUGCGACCAAAAGGGCAUGCAAAUGCCAACCCGGCACCAAAGGCGGAAGGCGAAGGAGCAAGAACCAAGAAGGAAAAGGAGAAGGAGAGAAGGGAUAAAGAAGAGAAAGACAAAAAGGAAAAGGAGAAGAAGGAGAAGAAGAAGGAAAAGGAAAAGGCCAAAAAGGAGAAGAAGAAAGCGGAGAAACAGGCUCAGGAGGAAGCAGAAGCAGCCGCCGCUGCAGCCCCGCCGAAGGGUAAAGGAAAAGGCAGAGGCAAGUCGCCACGAACUCCCAAAACAAAGGAUGAGAAAGCGAAACUGCCUUGCAUGUACUUUGCCUAUGACGCGUGCACUGCUGGUGAUAAGUGUGAGUACAGCCACGACAAAGACAACAUGUACAAAGGGGCGGCUUUUGCAUCCGCCAUCCCAGCCGCAGAGGCAUCCAUCCCAGACAGAGGCCACGCUGCCCAAGAUGGGAAAGGUAGCCCAGCAAAGGUCACUGAGGCUGUAAAGUACCUCGGGUGGCUGCCAGAACCAGGCAAGGUUGAAAUUGCGCAAGCAGUGCUGGAUACCAUGAAAGCAAACGCUUCGGAGCAGUUAAGAAGAUCACCUGCCAAGGGGGCCGCAGCAGUAGCAUCGAUCCUUCAAGACAUCGAGUCAAUGCAUCCAGAUUGCAAGGCCAUGACUGCGGAAGCCAAUGAGGCUGCCAAGCAAGUGCCGCAAGGAUUGCCAUAUCGCAACCAUCUUCUCAGGCAAGUUGGUAGCGAGACGAUGUUCGAAAUCUGUAACGAUGAAAUUUCUAUUUUGGGUAAAGUCAAUGAAGAAUUCGGAAUCAACCAUUUCCGGUUGACCGACAAGAACACGGACGUCUCAGACCCUCAGCAAACGGAAUCCCUUAAGAAGUUGGUAGUGUUGGGUCAAGGGGGUCAUGUGUCCUUCGAGUGGCCAAAGAGAGCAAAGGGUUGGGCUUUGCCAGAGCUUGCGUCCUUCAUCAAGCGUCACAACUUGUAUGAAGCGAUAGCAGACGGUUGUGCCCACGGAUCGUGCAACAAGGAUGGUGUAGCGCACCAGGAACCUUGGCGCAUCAUCACUUCUUCAUGGAAGCUAGCCCAGAACUUGGAUGCUAAAAGUUUCCAGCGUGAGCCGGACUUCCAUUGCUGCAAGGCUGAAGCAAGCAAGACUAGCCGUACCACCCGCUACCCUAAGUCCAUGGCCUACACUAUUCUUAGCAGCUUAUACUCCAAGAUUUCAUCCGAAAGUGCAGCGAUGCCCAUCACCACUUUUGUGCAAUCUCCUCACAGUCAGCGCGAUCAAAAGGAUUCCGUCUUUGCAGGGAUUCAUCAUCCCAUAGACCGGAAGGAUUGGCACCGGCAUCCGGGUGGUCCCCAGAAGGAGCUCAUGUCUCGGAAGGAGCCAAUCAACGUGGGUAUCAACCUCAACUUAGCGUACGGAGCUGCUAAGAACCACAAAUCUACACAAAGUGAUGUGGUGAAAGCUUACCCACAAAGCGAGUUGAACACAAAAGUGCCUACCUGGGUUGAGCUUCCGGUUGAGCUAACUCCGAAAGAGUUCCAGCACAUAGAGAAGCCAUGCGUCCGCCUGAAGCGCGCAUUGUAUGGACACCCGGAGUCGGGAUACCAUUGGAAUGCCCGUUUCAAAUCUGUUGUUGAAAGCAUGGGAGGCAAGCACUGUGAACUUUUCCAAAGCUCAUAUUGGUUUGCAGAUUCCAAACUACUUUUAACACUGUAUGUGGACGACAUCAUUCUCUCUGGACCGGAAGGCGCUCAUGAUGCUUUUUGGUCUGAGCUCCAGACACACCUGGAAAUCGAACCACCCACACCGGUCGACAGAGUGUUAGGAAGGAAGCACUUGUUUGAGAAAACUGCAUUAGGCUCCAAAAUGCGGCACAACAUGUCGGAUUACGCUGCAAACGCAUGUAGCUUGUACGAAGAAUUGCCCGGCCGCUCUCUGAAGCCUGCAGCAACCCCGUUCGUGCCCGAAGGUAGCCUUUUGGCAACAGAUUGGGAAAGUAAAGGGGCUCUUUCACCAAGUGCAUCUCGCAUACUUAUGAAGGCGUUGUGGUUGGCACGAUUAUCCCGUCCGGAUUUGAUGAAAAGCAUCUCAGACCUCACGAGACGAGUAACCAAAUGGAGCGUAGCCGACGACAAAAGACUGCGUCGAUUGAUGGCUUACCUGAAAGGCGCGCCUGACCUGUCAAUCGUUCACGAAAUAGGGGAUUCUUUUGAGGAUUUACAUCUUAGCUGCUUGUACACGGACGCGGACCACUCAGGAGAUGUGGACCACGCGCAAUCCACAAGUGGUAUGAUCCUCUGCCUGGAGGGAGAGCAUUCUUACUGGCCCUUUGCUUGGGGAAGUAAGAAACAAACCGCCACAAGCCGCAGCACCACGGAAGCUGAAAUGAUAUCUCUUUGCGCCGGCGUCUUUGGCGAUGCAUUGCCAACCCAGGAAUUCCUUGAGAUGUUGACAGGGAAGGAGACUAAACUUAUCUGUCACCAGGACAACUCCGCAGUUAUUGCCAUCGUGCACGCAGGCUAUUCUCCUAAACUCCGACACGUGAGUAUAUAA